AUGGAUGACUUUUGGGCUCUUCCUCCUGUUGCCAGGACACUUACUGCACUCACUUUCAUCCAGUCAGCAUUGGUUCACAGCCACACGCUUAAUUACUACUUUAUCCCCUUCUUCCCUCAACUUAUCUUCAAACUUCGACCUGAACUAUGGAGAUUGUUUACUCCGUAUCUUUUGACCGAUCCAAAGUUGAAUGUUAUUUUUGACCUUUAUUUCAUGUACACAUAUUCAAGCAGACUGGAAUCCGGUUCGCCUCGAUUCAGCACCCCUGGAAGCUUUUUCAUCUAUGUGCUAUUCGUCGCGCUGGUCAUCAUGCUUACCGCAGGGUUUUAUUUGGGAGCCGGGGUAUUCACAAACGCUUUGAUCCUGGCAUUCGCAUACACAUAUUCUCAAGAUAACAAGGGUACCAAGACCAUGUUCUUCGUAGUCGAGAUACCGACGCUUCUUUUGCCGUGGGCAAGGCUUGCCUUGACCUUUGUCAUGAAGGGAUGGCACCGCGCAUCGGUCGAGUUGACGGGGAUAGUGGCCGCUCAUUUGUAUGACUUCCUGACUCGUAUCUAUCCAACUUUUGGUGGAGGGAAAAACUACAUUGUCACGCCAACGUUUGUUCGGAGAUGCUUUACCAAAUCUUUGCGCGAGGGGCAAGAACGCGUAUAUGGGCAAGCGUACCGACCCCCUGCCGAAAGCGAGAACUCCUCAAGCGGCUGGACAUCGUCUAUCCGGAAUACUUGGGAUAGCAGAGGCUCGGGACGUCGGCUUGGAGGAAACUAG